AUGCAACGCACAAACCAAUGGAAAUUACGUCGCGAGCGGCAGUGCUCGGUGUUGCCAAAGAUGGAACUUGCCGACAUGUCACCACAUCAUAGUGGGGCAAACCGACCAGACCAAGAAAAACGAAUACAACAGAGCAGAGAGCAGGAUGAUGUGGAGAUGGCUAUAAAAUGGGCGUACACACAGAGCAUGGAUGAGCUGAAGAUGAGGGACAUAGCUUAA